AUGAGACUAUAUCUUGGUGGUGAGACUGAGAGGGGAGAGAUAGAAUCUUUGGAGAUGUACACGUGGCGCAGAUUUUUUCUCAUAUCAAUCACAAAGGAGAACAAAUCUAGACCAAAAUCUUCCCUAAGUGUAAACAUCUCUUCCUAUUGUAGCGUUCUCUGUAGGACCUGUGACCUGACGUGGGUAAGAUUCACAGAUCUUGUCUAUUUAUUUUUACUGACAUGGCAAAGUGUUGAAUCUGUAGCAACCAAUGAGAAUAUGACAAGUAAGCCUUUUAUGAAGAGAUUAGGAUGCACAUGAGCCACAAGUGCAUG